AGACGACUGUGAAAAAUGAAAGACAAAGACAAGACAAAUGGGCUUUGAACAGAAGGCACACACGUUUUAAAGUUGUCACAGAACCAGUUGGAGCAUCUGCAUUGAACAAAGAACUCUGAGAGCCGUUAUAGUACAGGUGUGCACCUCCAAGACUGGGAGUUGGUUGCCAACUGCGGACCUUCUUGUUCACUCCACCCAGCUCACCACACCUCCAGAAGAAGAAAACACAGACAUCAUUUUCCUUGUGUCAGUCAUGUCCUGUCACCGAGUUGCCACAUGACAGACGUGUGCUGCUGGAUGAUGUCAUCAGCGGGACAAACGACAUCAUCUUCAAGUGGAACUCUUCCUCCUUCAUCCUCCUCCUCUUCUUUGCCUGCCUUCCUCGUCUUGUCUCCGCACUGCGUUACAACCGCGAGGUGGCGGCUCGGACACUCAAACCAGCCCAGGCAGCUCGGGAAUUUUCAUUUCUUUUAUUUGAAGUAUUUUUAUCCCCCUUUUAUAGUACUUGUUUUAUUUUUUUCCCCUGUAGGCUUUUAUCUUUUACUGUGUAUAGCCCACAAAUGAGCGGGCGCGAGUGCGCAUCUCGCGGAGAACCGCCGCGAACGCAGCCGUGAUGGGACGCCGGAGCUCCGGAGGACGCGCGACUUUGGCCGCGCGGCUGCUACCGCUUCUGGUGAUUCUUCUCCCGGCUGCCGCGCUCGGUCGAGGCGUCCGCGGUGAAAGCCAGCAGCAUGGCGCGUCCGGCACGCUGCCGCGCUUCGUGGAGGAGCCGGCGGACGCGUACAUCAUCAAGAGCAACCCCAUCAAGCUCCGGUGCCAGGCCAGGCCCGCCCUGCAGAUCUUCUUUAAGUGCAACGGCGAGUGGGUCCAUCAAAGCCAGCACACAUCUCGUGAGCACACCGACCUAGGAACAGGGCUGAAGAUCCGCGAGGUGAUGAUCAACGUGUCCCGUCAGCAGGUGGAGGACUUCCACGGUCCGGAGGACUACUGGUGCCUCUGCGUCGCUUGGAGCCACCUCGGAACAUCCAAAAGUCGCAAGGCUUCCGUGCGGAUCGCCUACCUGAGGAAAAACUUUGAGCAAGACCCUCAAGGCUUGGAGGUGCCCCUGAGCGGCAUGAUCGUGCUGCAUUGUCGGCCACCAGAUGGCGUGCCUGCAGCGCAGGUUGAAUGGCUGAAAAACGACGAGUUUUUGAGCAUCGGCAGCGGUGUCACAGAUGCUAAAGGUGACCACCGACUGGUCAUCUCUCAGGCGCACCUCUCCGAUUCCGGAAACUACACCUGUAUCGCCAGCAACAUCGUAGCCAAGCGACGCAGUUCCACAGCUGCAGUCGUCGUCUUUGUAAAUGGCGGCUGGUCCUCGUGGAGCGAUUGGUCAGCAUGCAGCGUGCGUUGUGGCCGCGGCGUCCACAAACGCUCACGCACGUGCACCAACCCGGCGCCACUCAAUGGCGGAUCCUUUUGCGACGGAGCGUCUGUGCAGAAAAGCGCUUGCACUGCGUCAUGUCCAGUGGACGGCGGCUGGGGCACGUGGACCGAGUGGUCGGCAUGCGAUGGCGAUUGCGAGAGAAGAAGGAGCCGUGAGUGCACGGCACCAGAACCUAAGCACGGCGGACGGCUGUGUGACGGCGUGGCGCUAGCUACCGACAAUUGCACCGGAGGGCUUUGCACGCAAAAUGGAAAAUUGCAACGGGAUGCCAAACCACAAGGCGUAGUGGAGAGUGGCGUUGGCAGCAUCGGCGGCGGCGGCGGCGGGAGUGACGUGGCGCUCUACUCCGGCUUGGCGGCCGGCGCGGCCACAGUGGCUUUGCUGAUCGUGGGUGUCACCGUGUACCGACGAAGCCGCAGAGACUACGGCGUGGAUGUCAUUGACUCAUCCGCCCUCUCCGGAGGUUUCCAGUCCUUCAACUUCAAGACGUCGCGGCAAGGCAACCCUCUGCUGAUCCACUCGUCGCUGCAGCCUGACUUGAGCGUGUCUCGCACAUACACCAGCCCCAUGUGCUUUCACGACGCCAUGGACAAAGAGCUGCUGGACCCCCUCCCCGAUAUCAAGAUCAAAGGGAUCACAGAGGGUCCAGACUUCCACCCCCAGACGUUCCCAAGGGGCCUCUCUCCAGACUACCGGGGCGUCGUUCCGGGUGCCACGCUGGGCCGGGGCGAGAGGAACUUCUUCGGCCCACAGGGGGCGCCGGCACCCGCGGUCAGGCCACGACACAAAGCCACGGCCGUGUUGGGGCACGCUGGGGGACGCCUAGUGGUGCCAAACACAGGUGUGAGUCUUCUGGUGCCCGUCGGGGGGAUAGCUCAUGACACCACAUGGGAAACCAGUGUCAUCGUCAACCAGGAGGACAGCAGCUCGGCAUUGGGCGAAGGAUCGGAGAUUUUCUUGAGUCCCGCCGUCACGUACGGCCCGCCGGGGCUGGCCCUAUCCUGCCCGGCGGUCCUGACCGUGCCCCACUGCGCGGAGGCGGCCGGUGACCACUGGAUCACGCGACUGAAGAGGCAGACGCAGGACCGCAAGUGGGAGGACGUGAUGUGCGUGCAAGAGGAGUGCACUUCCUGCUACUGCCUGCUGGAGGAGCAGCGCUGCCACAUGCUGCUCGAGCGGCCCGGUCGCUACGCCCUGGUGGGCGAACCACUUCGACCGCACGCCGCCAAGCGCCUGCGACUGGCCGCCUUCGGAAGCCACGACGCCGCCAAGCCGAUGGGCUUCAUCCUCAGGGUCUACUGCGUGGACGACACGCCGCACGCCUUCCAGGAGGUGGCGGCGGGCGAGCGCGUCCGAGGCGGGCGCCUGCUGGAGGAGCCCAAAGUGUUGUCGUUCCGUGGGAAUGCUCUGAGCCUGCAGGUGAAUAUCCAGGAUGUCCCGCAGAUGUUGUGGAACAUCAAGCCUUUCACCACCUGCCAGGAGUUCUCCUUCUGUCAGGUGUGGUGGGGCAAACAGCGCCCCCUGCACUGUGCCUUCUCCCUGGAGCGUAACAGCGCCUCCUCCUCCCCUUCGUCUCCCCUCUCGUGUAAGAUCAGCGUGCGUCAGGUUCAAGGUGAAGAGCACAUCCUUCAGGUCUACACGACAGUGCAGCCCGAGAACGCCAAGUUAGCGUUCCCGAUCUCCUGUGAAUCGGACUGUUCCGUCACCUCGCAGACGGGAUCACGGGCCUUCAAGAUCCCGCUCUCCAUCCGCCAGAGGAUCAGCGCCACCUUCGACGGCACCAACGCCAAGGGAAAAGACUGGCGCCUCUUAGCCCAGAAGCUACACGUGGACAGGAACCUGGGCUACUUCGCCUGCCACGAAAGUCCAGCAUCAGUGAUCCUGAGCUUGUGGGAGGCGCAACAGCAAGACUCUGCCGACCUGGACUCCCUGGCCAGCGCCUUGGAGGAGAUCGGUCGAGUGCAGUCGCCGACCGGGGGUGCGGGCAAGGACACGCGAGAUUCGCUAAACUCGGCAAGGACUGCAGAUUGAAGGUCUGGACAACUGCAUGAACGCUUAGAAACAGGGACUUCCUGGAAUCAAAACAGAAGCUCCUUUAAGGUGAGCUUUGUGUUGUCGGGAAGGACUGACGACAAGUGUCCAUCUUGGAGAGAUGAUUUCCUGUUCCUCUUCCUUCGGGAGCGGCAAACAUUUAGUGUGACGUCAUGUUGUCAUUUUUUUGCUUUUGCGUCGUGUCUAUAAUCGUGCAAAAAAAGUGGAGGUCAUAACAAAUGCAAAAUGUUGGAGACUUGAUGCCAGAUGUGUUAUACCAAAAAAAUGGCAUGAGGAAGAUCUUUUUGCGGUGAGACACUCGCUGAAGGGUUGGAGCCUAGGGCCUGGCUCACUUGCACCCAACAGAAUAAAGUGGCUUUGUGUCCAAUCGUGUGACUCUCUUCUCACCGUCCAAACUACAUUGUAAAAAUGCAUGUCUAAUCAGGAGGAAAUUGGUUGGGACACAAUUAGUUUUGAGUCUUAAAUAUCAAAGCCAAAUUUUAUGAGACAUGUUAAUUUGGGGAAAAACUAAUAUUAGCAGAGCCUAAGGUAGUGACAGGCUAGUUGAGCAGCAAAAUGCUGUUAGGCUUGAAAACCUAUCAGACGGGACUUGAGCAAUGUCUUUAAACACAUCAGGGCUGGUCGUCUCGCUGACAAUGGCUUUGCAGGCAGGUAGUAUUAACGUCUCUGCCACUGUUUGGCAAUUUCUCUGUGUUUUCACGAAGGCGUAAAAAAUAGUCCAUCGACUUGUCCUGAAGGGACGGGCGUUCAUUUGAAGAUGACGUUUAAGCUUGUAUGGCGCCAUGGCGCUAGAUAGCCGCUCGUGUCGCGUUCAAGUACUGCUCGGAUUUCUAGCCAUCUCCCGCCUUGCUGUCCUCGAUAAUGUGUUGGAAUAAAACAAAGAGGGAGGAUUAACAGUGGUCACAUAUGGAUAAAAUGGAAAGGACACUUUUGUGUAUAUCGACACUUGACGAGUCAAAUAAUGAACAGUAGACGUGCUGGGGUCCACAUUGUUGCGGAGAGCAAGGUGGCUGAUGGCUAGAAGUCCGAGCAGCUCUUGAACGCAACACGAGUCAUCUGCACACAACCGAGAACUUUUUGCCUACUCCUUCCUUCCUACUGCAACUUUGCCCGACGAUGUUAAAAAAAAAAAAGCGACAUUGGAUAAUUUCUCGCGGCACACCUGACGAUCUCUCACGGCGCGGCACAAUCGGUUGAAAAACACUGGAAUAUAGGGUUCAUUCGCUCCGUGUGUCUGUGUUUUUGUGGAAGAUUUUUUUUUUAAAUUACACAGUACAGUUUAAUCGAGCUAGGGCGACCACAGCCGUUCCUCAGGCCCAGGGCGGGCCCGGCCCCCUAAUGCCCGCCCAUGCCGCCGGGUCUGAAUGCAGCACUGCUAAGAAAUACUUUUGGACUGUGUCCCUAAUUAAAAGACCAACGAAAGUGUAUUACCUAUGUGACACCAAAAGAGGGAGCUGUUUGUUUUCGUUCUAAUCGUGAAAAUGCUGUCUUCUGUGAAUGCCCAUACAGUUUCCAUGACAUAAGGCCCUCGACCCCACAACUCACACACAGCCAUCAGUCUAUGUGUAGCAGGGGCUGCUGGGUAAAUAUUAAUCUGCUUUAUUAGCUUCACUGGGCUAAGCGUGACCGAGCCGGAUGUCCACAGAACCCCCCCCCCCCCCUUCACCACCACCACCACCAAUAAUCCUCUACCCCCCAGCUUCGAUAGCUACUCCCACACAUCCCCCCCUUUAGCAUUCCAGCUGGGACAAACAGGAAGUGUGUGAGUGUAUGUGUGUGUGGGAGGGGGGGCGUCUGAGAGGAGGGGGGCGCUAAAUGCAAGUCAUGUGCAGCUCAUGAGAACUAAAAGCUAGGCAGAAAAAAGAAAGUGGCAAAGUUGUUUUGCUUUGGGACAACUGGGUCCCAACUCUUGUUGCUACGGCUACGCUCCCGUUCCCAGGAUAACACCUGUAGCUAGUGUGCUUAACUGAGUACAGUAACUGUUUGUUUUAAGGUUGUUGUUUUUUUUUUAAACCUAGGGUAGAAACAUUUAAUGUUUUUUUUUUUUUAAUUAACUUAUUAAGUGUUUUGGUUGUUAGUUAUAGCUUCAAUACUAACUACGAAAAAAAGGGGUCAAUAUUUUAAACCCGUGUUAGUUUGCUUAGUUAGUUCGGGAUCAGAGGGUAGUCAAAAAUUUUGCUCAAGUAAGAGUAGUGUUACGUUAAAACAGGGGUCCCCAAACUACGGCCCGCCUCCACAUUUGGUCCGGCCCCCUGAACAAAAAACAAAAAAUUGAAAAAAAAAUUUAUUUUUUUUUCCAAUAGUGUUAUUUCCUGGCUUUUUUUCUGUGAAGAACCCAGAAAGGGUUAUUUGGUUAUUAUCUAUUUAAUUAAUACUGUUAUUUUUUAUUAUUAUUAUUUUAUUUACUUUUGUUCCGUGAAGAAUCCAGAAAGGGUUAUUUGAUUGUGGCUUUCUGAAAAACAAUAAAUCUUUACAUUUUGGCACUCCUGCAAUUGUCACACCUUUUCUGUUACAAACUGACCCCGGCCCCUCAUCAGAGAAGGGAAAAGUUUUGUGGCCCUCAAAGGAAAAAGUUUGGGGACCCCUGCUUUAAAAUAAAAUUAUUCAAGUAAAAGUACCGUAUUGGCCCUAAUAUAAGACGGCUCUGAUUAUAAGACGACCCCCUCUUUUUCAAGACUCAAGUUUGAAAAAAGACUUUUUGAACACCAAAUUAAUUUUUAUACAGAAAAUAAUUACAGUACAUCUGAAAAAAAUGAUUAUAACAAUAUAUUUGAGAGAAAAAGCAUGUUUUUUUUGCCUCAUUCAAAUCUUAAUAUCUGAACAUUUAAAUAUGUAAACUAAAGUGCAAUCACAUUCGUAAAUGAAUGUCUCUGGUUUUUUAAAUGUAAAUAAACCAAUCCAUUGUGAUAAAACAACAAAAUUGCAAUAACUGCAUUAACCAUCAAAGUGAGGUCUAACUGUAACUGUAGUCUUGUAACAAAUCUGAAUAAGGAAAAACAUUGCAAUGAAAUAAUGCAAACUGGUUAAACUUGAGAGUAGCUGAGAUCUGUCAUGACAGAACAUCGCUUCAAUGAUAUCUGGCGCCAUCUAGCGUCGUGAAUGGGUAUAAUUUCUAGACCGCGAAUAUAAGACGACCCCUACUUUUUCAGUCUUAUUUCAACA